AUGGCGACCGACAAGAAAAUUUCGAAAAAGCCCAGCGGCGACAAGAAGCAAAGAGCAUCCAAGACACUGGCAACCGAAACUGCACGCGACGCCAAGACGACGACGAGUAUUCAGGCACCGCUUCACCUCGUCCAGUCCUUCUUAGAGCAGCAGGGUGAGACGACUGCUGCAAGCAAGCUGCAAGAAUUCGCGCAGUGGGAAAAGAGUGGUGCUGCUACCAAGGCUCAGGAUGCGCCUGAACCCAUGGACGUAGACAAAGAGAGCGCCUCCAGCAGCGACUCGAGCAGUGAUUCGAGCAGCGACUCUGAUAGCGACUCGAGUAGCGACUCAAGCAGCGAGUCAGAGGCCGAACAGAAGCCAGUCAAGAAGACAGUCACCAAGGUCAAGGCGAAGGCUCCGGCAAAGAAGGACGCCUCGGAUUCUUCAAGCUCAAGCUCCGACUCUUCAAGCUCAAGCUCCGACUCUGAGUCCGAAAACGACAUUGCGCCAACUCCUGCGAAGACGAAGACCAAGGCUGCUUCAGUCUCUUCUUCCUCCGCAUCAUCCUCCAGUGAUUCGGACAGCGACUCGGACGACGAACCCGCAAACAUUCCUCUCCCUGAAUCCGACUCUUCCAGCGCAUCGAGCGAUUCCGAUAGCGAUAGCAGUUCUGAGUCGGACUCGGACUCGGGCUCGGACUCGGAAUCUAAGAAGAAGGUCUCAAAGGCCAAGAAGGUCAAGAAGGCUGCCUCAGUCUCAUCAUCCUCAGCGUCCAGCUCCUCCGAUUCUUCCAGCGACUCGAGUUCUUCUGAUAGCGAGUCAGAGGCUGAGCCGGUCAAGGAGAUCAAGAUCAAGAAGGGCGGGAAGAAGGCCCCCACACCUUCGACUUCAAGCGCUUCGAGCUCGUCUGACAGCUCCUCCGAUAGCUCUUCCGAUUCCGAUUCCGACGAUGAGAAGAAACCUAAGGCUGCCGAUCGCAAGGGCUCCUCCACCGACUCUUCCACGACUCUCCCCGCCGCAUCACCCGUACCGACGGCUGGGAACAAGCGCAAGUUCUCUGGAUCCCCCACUGCGGAAGCCCCUUCCAGGAAGAAGAACCACGUCGAAAACCGCUUCCAACGCAUCAAGGCCGAUACCCAAGUCGAUCCAAAACUCGCCAGCAACGCUUAUGUUUCCUACGACUAUGCCGACCGCGCCCAUGCAGAUUUGAUUGUCACCAAGGGCAAGGGAUUCACCAAGGAGAAGAACAAGAAGAAGAAGGGCUCCUACCGAGGAGGUUUGAUUGAUACAUCAGGGGGCAAAGGCAUCAAGUUUGAAGAUUGA